GUGUUGUAGGCCACUUGAGCUCCAUGUCAGACUCGGACCUUAAGAGGAGUGGGGGACCAUCAGCCAGGGUCUCUGAAUGCCGAUCGGCUCCGGCAUCCAGUAUGGAGCUGCUCAGCUCUUCCAAGGUACUGUCUUUGGAGUCUGAUGUACUGCCUGAAUACAAACUCCAGGUUCCAGAGACCACAUGGUGGAUUUUGCUUCACUACGGCACCUUCAAGGCAUUUUGGGACUGGAUUAUUCUCCUCCUGGUUCUCUACACGGCUGUUUUCACUCCGUACUCGGCAGCUUUCCUUUUGGAUGAACAUGGGCAUUCGCGUCAAAGGAGGUGUGGCUACACGUGCAACCCUCUAAAUGUGGUGGACCUCAUGGUGGAUGUGCUGUUUAUUGUGGACAUAGUCAUCAACCUUCGCACCAGCUACGUAGACCAAAACGAUGAGGUGGUCACUCAGCCAAGCCGGAUAGCCAAACACUACAUCAAAGGCUGGUUCCCAAUCGAUCUGUUUGCGGCAAUCCCUUUUGACCUUCUCAUUUUCAGGUCUGGUUCUGAUGAGAUGGCAACUUUGACAAGCUUGCUGAAAACAGCUCGACUGCUAAGGUUGGUGCGAGUAGCAAGAAAGCUGGACCGCUACUCUGAAUAUGGCACUGCUGUUCUCUUCUUGUUGAUGUGCACCUUUGUGCUCAUUGCCCACUGGCUCGCCUGCAUUUGGUAUGCUAUUGGUUUUGUGGAGAGGCCGUACACAGAGACAGGGUGGCUGGACAACUUGGCUGAACAACUAGGGAAGGCAUAUAAUGAAAGCGACUCCACUUCUGGUCCAUCAGUCAAAGACAAGUAUGUCACUGCUCUGUACUUCACCUUAAGCAGUUUGACCAGUGUGGGGUUUGGUAAUGUCUCUCCAAACACCAACUCUGAGAAGAUCUUCUCUAUCUGCGUCAUGGUCAUUGGGUCUCUCAUGUAUGCUAGCAUAUUUGGGAAUGUAUCGGCUAUCAUCCAGAGGUUAUACUCCAGCACAACUCGUUACCAUACCCAGAUACUUCGAGUCAAAGAAUUCAUCCGCUUCCAUCAAAUCCCAGGUUCCCUUUGCCAGAGGCUAGAGGAAUACUUCCAACAUGCUUGGUCCUACACAAAUGGCAUUGACAUGAAUGCUGUGUUGAAGGGAUUUCCAGAGUCUUUGCAGGCAGACAUCUGCUUGCAUUUAAACCGAUCUCUGCUGCAGAACUGCAAAGCCUUUCGUGGUGGCAGUCAAGCCUGUCUACGAGCACUGGCUAUGAGGUUUAAGACCGUCCACGCACCACCAGCUGACACUCUAAUCCAUUACGGAGACAUCUUGGACUCACUGUUCUUUAUUACACGUGGUUCCAUCCAAGUCAUCAAGGAAGAUGUGGUGGUAGCCAUUUUGGAAAAGAAUGACAUCUUUGGGGAACCUAUUCACCUGUAUGAUGAUCCAGGGAAGUCCAAUUCAGAUGUACACACAAUCACCUACUGUGACUUGCAUCGCAUCUUGAGGGACGACCUGCUGGAGGUCCUAGAUAUUUACCCCAGCUUUGCAGACAACUUUUGGAGGAACCUGGAGAUAACCUUUGACCUUCGAGAUGCUGAGCAGGUUCCACCAAUAAUGACAGACUCUGUCGACAAAUGUGGAUGGCAUCGCAAGUCAAGACAGAGAAUUCACUCCCUGGACUGUCGAAAUAGACCAAACGGAAUGGAUCAUGAAGAUUCCUACCCCCUUCAAUCCUUCUGUCAUCGUCACUCGCCUUCAAAGACCGAUUGGGAUGACUGUUAUAGUUGCGACUCACCGUGUUCACAGUCCAGUGAAGACCUGGCUAAAACCUUUACCCAUGGUGCCAAAGUGGAGAUUUACCCCAUUGAAGACACCAGGCGAGACUAUUCCCAGCCUGUAAUGCAUCUCCUUCAGUCAAAUGGAACCUCAGUGGCGAGGGAAGCAGUACUAGACAGGACCAAUCAAGGACUGUAUCGAUACUGGGCAGACCAACAGCAUCAACAAUUCCCCAGUCGUACCUGGAGAUCGUCUUCUGUCCACAACCCGCAGCACCCUCCACCUUUUACAGAAGAGAGGCCCAGUGAGCUCGAGACUCGGCUUGAGGUUCUGCAUUCACAGCUGAACAGACUAGAGACCCGCAUGACAGCUGACAUCAAUGUUAUCCUCCAGCUUCUCCAGAGACAAAUCACUCCCGUUCCUCCUGCUUACAGCACCGUUUCUUCUAGUACACUUCCCACCGACGCACGGGGCCUGUAUGGCACUGGGACUCCAGUGUUGCACACCAUGUACCCAAUUUCCCCCCUACAGAUAGACAGCCGGGUACCCUCACAGAGCUCCAACCAGACUGACCUUAAAUUCACCAAGAAGUCCCAGGAGUCCCUGUCCAGUGGUAUCCACGUGACGGUGGCGUCCAACGACACUAUGUGCAUGUCCAUCACUCCAGAAACUGAGACUCAGCAGCUGCCUCAGCCGUCAGUCAAAUCCUCUUUCAUGGAGAACUCCAGGCUGUGCGGCAGCCUCCGUUAUCCCUCACUGCCGGGGAACCUGGACAUCUCAACAGGACUAGCUGGCAUCCAGAAACAUCUCUCAGACCCUGUGCUUCCUGUCACCUGAGGCCUUUCAGGAGAGGAUCAUGUCAACCACAAUGAAUUUUUAACUGAAUAACAUUUUUCUGCAAGUACAAACUUGAGGAAGACACCACAUGACAAGUGCAGAUGGUCCAUCUGUCUUAGAUCCACAGGAAGUAUUUCAGAAACAGAAGCACUAAAUUACGGUGGUCUACAAACAUUCCUGGUUCGAGUUCACAGGCAGAAUGUAUCAGUAAUGAAUGCAUUUAUCUUCUAAAAUAAUAGUUGCACUAUUAGCAAACACAGCUGGGACAAUCUAUGGUGCCAUUUCACGUCUUCGUUUCUCCUGAUUUCUAUCCUAUUCCCAUUCUUUUAUAGUUGUGUCUCAUGCUGACUUGUGCAAAAAAAACA